UCGAGGGGGGGAGCGAUCACUGGGCGUGGGGAAUCUUAUAGAAGAAACGCAGAGUGAUAGUGGCUGAGGGCGAGAGCAAUUCGUCUCCCUACUUCUAUCUGUUGCUUCGCCCCCCAAAAUAUAUUCCCAAAAUCUUCACAAACAACAUGAAUCAAGACGCCAAGAGAACCAAUCCUGCAUCUCUAAUGGUGAAACCCGAAUCUGAGGAUCGCAAACCCUCCUCCGCGCCACCCCUCGCCCGGAAAGUCGUCAUCAAGAGCGCCGAUAUGUUCGGGGACAUGCAGAAGGAGGCUGUUGACAUUGCCAUAGCCGCUUUUGAGAAGUAUGCCGUCGAGAAGGACGUCGCGGAGCAGAUAAAGAGGGAGUUCGAUAAGAGGCAUGGCCCCACCUGGCAUUGCAUCGUCGGUCGUAAUUUUGUUUUUCGUAUUAUAAUUUAUAUCUAAUAUAUCACUCGGGAGUAGAUUAAUGAAACAGGAAAUUCAAUGUUCCAUUUACAUAAUGUCUCAAAAGGUUAAACAGAAGGUUGCAGGGCCUGAAGCUUCAAACCAAAAAUGCCGUGCCACUUGAAAAUGUUGUCAUUAUGUCUGAAGGGAUGAGUUUAUGGUGGUUAACAAUUUUUUUCUGCUGGCUCUGAAUUAUGCCAUGGAAGUUGAUCAGCUAUAGAAGAGAAAAUGCACCAUUCUGAAACACCAUUGCAGUACAAGAUAAAGGGGGGAUUUUUGUAUGGUUUCUAAAUCAAGGUUGAGUUGAAGAUCUCUCUCUCUGGUAAUAGAGAAAUGAGAUUCUGCAGAAUAUUUCUGUCGAUUCUUCAUUAAUCUUGAUUCAUUUUAUUUAUUAUUAUAAUGAUUUGCCCUCCUAUACAAUUUAAUCAGACCUCUGGUUUGGCUACUUUCUUUUUGAAAA